AUGAAUUACAGUAGAUCCACUGCUAAUGUUUCAGCUCUCCCUAGCCACUCCACUGGACUAUGUGCUGCUUGUUUUGGCACUUUGGCGUCGUUCAUUCAUGGCGCCGGAUUUUCCGUGCUCGGUAUCUUUCUCGGUGGUAUGACGACUGUCUUUCUCAGAGCCCAGAAUUCCGAAUUUGUCCUGGGUACGACAAAUCCUGAUCCGAAAGGACUGCCAGGGAUCACUAAGGCCGAGUUCGACAGAGAAGUCACUAUGUACUGCUUCUACUACCUUGGAUUGGGUUUCGCUAUAUUUGCAACUUCUUAUGUACAGAUUGCCUGUUGGGAGACGUUCGCGGAACGAAUUACCCACAAAUUGCGCCAAAUCUACCUGAAAGCCAUUCUUCGGCAACAGAUGUCAUGGUUCGACGUCCGACAAACAGGAAAUCUCACGGCUCGUCUCACUGAUGAUCUCGAACGUGUUCGUGAAGGUCUAGGCGAUAAACUCUCAUUGUUUAUCCAAAUGAUGUCCGCAUUUGUGGCCGGGUUCGGUGUAGGAUUUGUGUAUAGUUGGUCGAUGACGCUUGUGAUGAUGGUCGUAGCGCCGUUUAUAGUGUUUUCAGCAAACUGGAUGUCACGAAUUGUGGCAACUAGGACCCAGGUCGAGCAAGAGACCUACGCCGUCGCUGGCGCGAUAGCGGAAGAAACCUUCUCAUCGAUACGAACCGUGCACGCGUUAUGUGGCCACAGACGAGAACUUACAAGGUUCGAAGCCGCAUUGGAAAAAGGACGUCAGACGGGCCUUGUCAAAUACUUCUACAUGGGUAUUGGUGUCGGAUUCGGUCAAAUGUGCACCUAUGUGUCUUACGCUUUGGCAUUUUGGUACGGUAGCACGCUGAUCAUCAAUGAUCCAAUGUUGGACCGUGGUCGCAUUUUCACCGUGUUCUUCGCAGUAAUGUCCGGCUCAUCAGCUCUCGGCACUUGCCUUCCUCAUCUCAACACCAUAUCAAUUGCCCGAGGUGCUGUUCGAAGUGUACUGACAGUGAUCAAUAGCCGACCAAAAAUUGAUCCAUAUUCAUUGGAUGGAAUUGUACUGAACAAUAUGAGGGGAUCUAUUCGUCUGAAGAACGUGCAUUUCUCUUACCCUUCAAGAAGUACUAUACCGAUAUUGAAAGGCGUGUCACUGCAAGUGAAAGCUGGUCAAAAAAUUGCUUUGGUGGGCGCAAGUGGUUGUGGAAAGUCCACAAUCGUCAAUAUGCUGCUAAGGUUUUAUGAUCCAACCAGAGGGAAGGUGACCAUAGACGAUAUUGACGUCUGCGAUCUCAAUGUCCACAGGCUUCGCGAACAAAUUGGCGUUGUUAGCCAGGAACCGGUACUUUUUGACGGCACAUUGUUUGAGAAUAUCAGAAUGGGUUAUGAUAACGCCACCAUGGAGGAGGUGCAGGAAGCUUGUCGUGUUGUAAGUGGUACUAUUUCAAAAACAGCACAAUUUUCACAUGAAUUAGAGGCGAUUAGAUGGCGGUGA